AUGAAGUCCAUUCUUCCUCUCCUCGCAUCCGUCCCCCUAGCCGCGGCCUGGUUCCCAAGUGUCGAUAAAGACAUCUUCGCCACCACCGGCGAUAACAUCUUCAAUGCCACGACGGCCGCUAUCAACAAACGGUACCUCCCCGAUGCGAAGAAGAUCCGGGGCGUCAACCUCGGCGCCCACUUCAUCUUCGAGCCCUGGAUUGCCGAAGACAAGUGGAAGUCGAUGGGCUGCCCGACGGAUGAAAAGCACAAGUCCGAGUUUGACUGCGUCUCGUCCUUGGGACAGGACCAAGCAGACAAGGUCUUCCAAGAGCACUGGGGGUCAUGGGUUACUAAGGACGACAUCUCGCAGAUGCGCGAGUAUGGUCUGAAUACCAUUCGCAUCCCUGUUGGAUACUGGCUCAAGGAAGACCUGGUCGAUGCAGAGUCCGAACACUUCCCCCGUGGUGGGCUGCAAUAUCUCUCGGAUGUUUGUGACUGGGCUGCUGAGGCUGGCAUGUAUAUCAUCAUGGACUUCCAUGGCCUGCCCGGAGCACAGCAGGCAGAGCAGCCCUUCACUGGACAGUACGCCCCGAGUGUCGGGUUCUACGAAGACGCGCAAUAUGAUCGGGCUCUUGAAUGGAUCGAGUGGAUGACCAAGAACAUCCACCAGGACGACAAGUUCCGCAACGUCGGUAUGAUUGAAUUGGUGAAUGAGCCUCUGCAGGGCUCAGCGCAAACAGACAGUAUGCGGAAGGGAUACUACCCUGAUGCAUGGAAGCGUAUCCGCGAUACUGAAUCAUCGCUCGGUGUUGCCCAAGAAGGCAGCCUUCACAUUCAGAUGAUGGACACAAAAUGGGGCUCGGGCAAUCCCAAGGAGUUCCUUGAGGAUGACACCUUUGCAGCAUACGAUGACCACCGCUACCUCAAGUGGAGUGAGGUCCCCACCGACAAGGAUAGCUACAUUGACGCCUCCUGCAAUGAUGACCGUGGUGGUGACGAGCCACUGAUUGUUGGCGAAUGGAGCUUGAGUGUGAACAGUGACGUCGAAGGGAAUUCCGAUUGGGAUCCAUGGACAAACCAAGACUUUUACACGAAAUGGUUCGCAGCGCAGGUCAUUUCGUAUGAGAAGCAGCAGGGCUGGGUCUUCUGGACCUGGAAGGCCAACCUGGGCGACUACCGCUGGUCAUACAAGGACACAGAUGCUGUUGACGCGGGCGUGAUUCCCAAGGAUCUGGACAGUGUCUACGACAGUUCACCUUGUUAA